AUGUCGGAACAGCAGCUUCGCCUGCGCAUGCAAACCAAAAGUGGUCACAAGUUGUUGGAAGGUUUAUUCCUGGCUUCAACCAUUGGCAGAUUAAAAGAGGUCAUUGCCGACUCUGCAAAUAUACCCAAGCAUCGAAUAAAAAUUCGACAAGGUUUUCCACCAAAAAUUAUCGACAUUAGUAAUGAAAUUGCAGAAUUGUCCUCUUUCUUUCGCUCAGGAGACACAAUUAUUGUUGAGGAAGAUGAAUCUAUACAUAAUGUGGAUGCGAUUAGCAGCCCAUCUAGCUCAGUUGGUCCAGAAUCAGCAGCAGAAGCCGACGAUCGCCUGGACACCAUGCUGCAUCAUCAGCUGGAGAAAGGAGCUACAGGAAUUCUCACUCGGAAAGUUGUGCCGGCCGAUAACUCGUGCCUUUUCACCAGCGUGAAUCUUGUGAUGAAUGAGGGCAUGUUUGACUUAGAAGCUGCCUCCCAUUUAAGAGAAGUUAUUGCGGGCAUUGUUUCUUCUGAUCCUGUGACAUAUUCGGAAGCAAUCUUAGGAAAACCAAAUGGCGCUUACUGUAAGUGGAUCAGAGACAAGAAUUCUUGGGGUGGAGGAAUCGAGCUAGCUAUUUUAUCGCAGUUUUUUAGCACAGAGAUUGCGAUUGUAGACACACAGAGUGGACGUGUUGAUCGGUUUGGUGAGGACAAGAGCUACAAAGAAAGAGUAUUUCUGAUUUAUGAUGGCAUUCAUUAUGAUCCACUGGUUUAUGAAUCAAUUGACCAUUCUGGCCAGUUAAGAACAAAAUUCUCAAUUCAUAAUGCUGUGAUCAUGGCAUUGGCUCUUGAAUUAGCAUCUGAAGCAAAAUCAAUUCGUCAGUUCACAGAUGUGGCGGGGUUUUCAUUGAGGUGCUUGGCUUGCCAGCAGCCUUUACGAGGAGAGAGAGAAGCUACCGAACAUGCUCGAACAACAGGGCAUAUAAACUUUGGAGAGUACUAA